UAUUCCUCCCUCGUAUUCUACCCGAGCUUGAAGCUUCUGAUCGGGUACACCUCACUUCGUCGUCGAGCCGUUAUUCUCAUCGUCUUCGUGGGCUACAGUCGGUGCAUCCGUCGCUUCUUGGCCUCAUAUCCUCUGCCGUCGGUGUUCUCUGCGAUUACUCCGUCUCAGAUUGAACGGUAUUAUUGAUUAGGGCGAAUGGGGAAUGGAGGAUUACAAUUUGGAGCGAAACGGUGAAAAAGCAUUGGAAUUUUGAGCAUAACGGUCAAAAAGUCUCAGAUCUCUGGGCCCAAACCACAGACCUAAGCUUUUCGGAAGAAGCUUUGGAUUUGGAAGUUGCAUCUCUGCAACCGGCUGAUAACUCAUUCCUCCAUUGAUGGCUGAAGAAACAGCACCAGGGCAUCCACUUCCUCCCACGUUUUUGGAGGUAACCUGCAAAAGUUCUGGUAAGACUCGUCGAUUUGCAUCAGGAAUCGAUGCUGGAUCUGCAGUGUCUUUGAUUAAUAGGAAGUUGAAGCCAAUGAGUGCACGUGCUUUGCAUAUAGAAGCUGUUAAAGAAGGCGAAGAGCCCAUUGCUUUCGGCCCUAAUUCUGUUCUUGUCAAUUACGGGGAUGAUUGGAAGUUGCAGACAUUUACAGAAGCAGAUGAAGUGAUGAUUGAACAUAACUUUGAACCAAUUCCAAUGCCUACACCAGUUUCGGGUCGCUUGCCUCCUACAAGGAAUGUGUCCAAGCCAAUCAGCUUUCUAUACUUGGUUAAGAUAUUGUUUGCGUUUAUUUUGAUUUUUGUGCUUGGUGCCAUUUUCACUUUGGCUCUUGAAAAUCUUCCCGCACUGAUACUAUUUGUAAAGUCGUCAGCUUAAACCAUUUCAUGUGUAUUAUGAACAAAAGGGGUCCAUCUCCAAUCCAGUUGUUGUGCAAAUGGAGUAUUUCGUCUACUGUUACAGUAA